AUGCCGCCGGUGUCGAAAGCGCAGCAGCGGCAGGCGCAGGCGGCCGCCGAGGCCCUGGAUGCCUACUUUGCGCGUGAAUAUGGCGCCGAGCGCUGGGCCAGCCUGCGUGCGCGCCUGGUGCUCCCGACCGAGUACGCCGCGCUGAUCAAUGCGUAUGCGCCGGCCGCCGAGGUGGACCGCGCCUUGCUCGCCGAGGCCCCGGUGGGGUCCUAUGCGCUCCUGCGCCUGCCGGCCCUGCCGGAGCGGACACGCAGCGAGGUGCCUACGCGGCUGCUAUGCCUGACGCGCGCCGCACUCGCGCCGGGCGAGCGUCCGUUCCCGCCGCCGCGCCCCGCCGCUGCCGAAGACGCACAGCACCGCGUGCACACGCACUGGAACUUGGACGCCGCGUCGGUGCUUGCGGCGCACUGCCUCGAUGUGCGGCCGGGGCACGCGGUGCUCGACCUGUGUGCGGCGCCUGGCGGAAAGAGCCUGACCCUCGCGCAGCAGCUGUGGCCCGAGUGGUAUGCGGACCGCGCUGCGCGCGCGCCGGGCUCGCCGUCGGUGCUGCACGCCAACGAGGUGGAUGCGCCGCGGCACCGGCGCCUGCGCGCGAACUUGCAGGCGUACCUGCCGCCGGCGCUCUUUGACGAAGGGCUCGUCGAGACGCUGCGCAUCGACGGCACGUCGCCGCGCGCCGUGCACCUGUUUCCCCUGGGCGAGGGCGGCUAUGACCGCGUACUACUGGAUGCGCCGUGCUCGUCCGAGCGCCACAUCCUGCAUGCGCAUAAGUCGGGCACGGUCGCCCCUGAGAUGCUCGCGUGGAAGCCGACGCUCACGCGCUCGCUCGCCAAGACGCAGCUGGCGCUCUUGCGCACAGCGUGGCAUGCACUGCGGGGGGGCGGCAAGCUCGUGUACGCGACGUGCUCGCUGAGCCAGCACGAGAAUGAUCAGGUCGUCAGCGCCUUCCUGCGCGCGCUCGAGGGGCCGCCGCCCAGCCUUCUCAAGACGGAGGCUCUUGCAGCGUUCUGCGAAAGGACCCAGUAUGGCUACUUGGCCCUCCCGGACCACACGCCGCCCGGCGCCACGGCGCCGUCGCCGUGGGGCCCGCUGUACUUCAGUGUGCUCACGAAGCCGUAG